GCUGUGAAACUCCACCCCCCAAAAAACCCUUUGAUUUCUGUCAACAGCCAAGCCAGCCUCUCCCGUGGAUGCGGGUACAUCGGCGUCAGACCUUCAAGUACUUUGUGCCAAAUCAUUACCACUUCCACAUGAGUUUAAAUCAUGACGGAUGCCAAGUACGUCCUCUGCAGAUGGAAAAGGCGAUUAUGGCCUGCAAAGGUUUUGGCCAGAACCAAGACUUCAACAAAAAAUAAGAGAAAAAAGGAGUUCUUUCUAGAUGUUCAAAUAAUCUCUCUAGAGAAAAAAAUUAAGGUGAAAAGCACAGAAGUCGAGACCCUACAGGAGUCUCAAAUUGACGACAUUGCCUCCUCGUUAGUCCUUGCAGACGAGGUUCCUGCUGCACCCCUGGAGGAGCUGACCUACAGACGGUCGCUUCGAGUGGCUCUGGAUGUUUUGAAAGAGAAAACCAGUUUGUGUCAAGAAAGCUCUUCCAGGGAGGAUAGAAAAGCUCUGUUUCAAAGCCCGAGGAAGCCCACGGACCCAGCUUCCUUGCUCUGUGACUCCGGCUCUUCAUCUCUUCUUGGUGAAGACGUGUUGGACAGUUCUGGACCUGGGAGGAGGAGGGUAUGGGCACAACAAAGCCUGUCGGUUUUGUCCACUUGUGAAGAGGACCCUGAGUGCAGAGUGGACCACAAGAAGGGGCUCAGGAAAAGUGAAAACCCAACAGCCCUGUUGGUCCCUUCAGCCCAAGAUGGUUCUCAGGAUGGUAGCGGACCAAGAAUACAUCACAAAAAUCAGACUAUAGAAAGUAAGAGGGGAAGAAAUUCAACACAAAAGUCCAUCUUGUGCCAGAAUAUACCCUUGCCUUCAGAGGGAGAUGAUGAUAAAGAGAGUGAGAAAAAGGCAGGUGGCUGGACAGCCCCAUCCUCGCCUUCCAGAGUGCGGGAGGAUGACCCAUGCGCCAGAGCUGAGGGACAUGACCCAGGCCUGCCCUCGGGCAGCCUCACCGUGCUCCCAGCCCAGGCUGGAGGCCGCCCCGUGAAGAGGCCACGCCUGGAUGGCAGCCGGAGGCAGAGGCCCCAGGAACACAGGGCUCUGCGCAACCCCGCCCGGCCUGGCUUGCCUACCUCCCGCGCUCCUGUGGAGGAAACACGCUGUCGUCUGGUGGAUUCUGAGAAGCCUGAGGAAGACCGUCAAUCUUCUGAGGAGCCAGUAGAAAUUCAUUCCGUGAAUUCCAUCCUGGAGGAAGAUGAGGAAGAUGAGGAGCCACCAAGAAUGCUUUUAUACCAUGAACCACGCUCGUUUGAAGCAGGAAUGCUAGUCUGGCUUAAAUAUCAAAAAUACCCCUUCUGGCCAGCAGUGAUCAAGAGCAUCAGGAGGAGAGAUAAGAAAGCCAGUGUGCUCUUCAUCGAAGGACACAUGGACCCGAAAGGGAAGGGAAUCACAGUGUCACUGAGAAGAUUAAAGCACUUUGAUUGUAAAGAGAAACAAACACUUCUGAACACAGCCAAGGAGGACUUCAAACAGGCCAUCGGCUGGUGUGUUUCCCUUAUCACUGACUACCGUGUGCGGUUAGGUUGUGGUUCUUUUGCUGGCUCUUUCCUGGAAUAUUACGCCGCCGACAUCAGUUAUCCCGUCCGGAAAUCAAUCCAGCAGGAUGUCUUGGGGACCACGUUUCCCCAGCUGAGCAAGGGGGACCCUAAGGAGCCUGUGGCAGGGAGUCCGCUAGGGUGGAGGCCUCCCUGCCGCAAAUUGCUCCCUGACCGCGCACGGGCCGCCCGGGACCGUGCCAACCGGAAGCUGGUGGAGUACAUUGUGAAGGCCAAGGGUGCUGAGAGCCACCUGCGGGCGGUUCUGAAGGGCAGGAAGCCAUCACGGUGGCUGGAGAUGUUUCUGAGCUCGAGCCAGUAUGUGACCUGUGUGGAGACAUACCUGGAGGACGAGGAGCAGCUGGACCUGGUGGUGAAGUACCUGCAGAGAGUGUACCAGGAGACGGACAGCAAGAUGCGGACCCAUGUGAACGGGGACAGGAUACGCUUCAUCCUGGACGUGCUCCUGCCCGAGGCCAUCAUCUGCGCGAUUUCUGCGGUCGACACAGUGGACUACAAGACGGCCGAAGAGAAGUACAUAAAGGGACCUUUGCACAGCUACCGCCAUGUGGCUGAGAAAACACAGCAGAGGAAGAAACAGUGGUCACCCCGGAGGGUCUCCAUCCAGUCAGAAGAAUGCUGCGAUCAAGAUGUUUCCCUUGGAUUUGUGGCCCCCAGAGCCCUUAAUCCCAUCUCUGGGCGUGCUGCCAGGCCCUGCCAGAGCCAGGGAAAAACAGAUAUUUGACAACCAGCUCCUGGAAGAGAGGAGUCGGCGCCACCGGUGAUGAGGCAGCUGCCACCACAACCAUGCAGUAAGCGGGGACCCUGUGUGCAGCAUGUUUCCUGGAAGGCAAGGGACUGCGCAGAGCACUCGCCUUCAGAGCUGUUUGUCCACGUCCCUGCAUCUUCAGCCCUUAUCCCUGCACUUCUGAAACUUAGACUUUGUUAAUGCACCAAAAGCCAGUUCUCUGUCCCCGACAUCGUUUGGAAGGCAGGGUUCCCGAGAGGUUUUUGAAAGGACAAAAAUGUGUGUUAUUUUGUAUUCUUACUGUGACUGUACAGUUUAACACGAGGUGCAUGUCUGUUUUUUGUGUUGAGCAUUGCAUCUGAUAUUUAAGUAGGGGUUUUAAAAGAGUUCGAUAGGAAUAUAUAGCUUCGGAACCA